AUGGUUCGCCUUGUUGGGUGUUGCUUAGAGACAAAUAUUCCUGUCCUGGUCUACGAGCAUAUCAGUAAUGGGAGCCUCUACAACCUGCUUCAUGUCAAUAGGGAUAAGGUGCUCCCGCUGUGGACUCGACUCAACAUUGCCAUUGGCUCUGCAGAAGCUCUUGCUUAUAUGCACUCACACGGUGACCAGGACCGCAUCCACGGUGAUGUCAAAUCUGCCAACAUCCUCCUGGAUGACAACCUGAUGCCCAAGGUCUCUGACUUUGGAUCGUCCAAGCUUUUGUCAGUUGGUAUGUAUGCCAGGGCUGUGGCCGCAGAUAUAAGUUAUAUAGACCCAGUGUAUAUGAAGACACAUCGUUUUGUGGCGAAGAGUGAUGUCUAUAGCUUUUCAAUUGUUCUUCUUGAGUUGAUCACCCGGAAGACGGUCAACUAUGGCCAAGAUAACACCAAUAGCCUCCCCAUGGACUUUUCCAUGUUUUUUAAGCAGAAGGGCAAUGGAAGGGAGAUGUACGACAGAAACAUUUUAUCUCAUGACGGUGCUCAAUGUCAAUAUUGCAUAGAGUGCCUUGACAAGAUAGGUGCUCUGGCGAUUCAAAGUCUUAAGUAUGAUGUCGACGAGAGACCGACAAUGGCUGAGGUCGUGAAUGAAUUGAGCAAAGCAGCCAAACUACUGGAUAAAUGCAAGCAACUACCCUGA